AGUUCCUGAAACAGGGAGGGAGUUUAGGUUGGGUAAGCGAGGUAACGGCCCAGCAGUUUGCCUGGUGCCAGUUCCCAGGCCCUCGGACAGAGGCCACACUGCCCUCCAGCAGGUCUUCUAUUCUGUAACUUUUGCAUAGAAUUAAUUUCGAAUUAUGUAGAUGUGGCCGUCACACGACCCACCAGGAAGCCGAUGAGCCUACGAAAAGAUGCUCCACGUCGUUGAUGAGAGACAUGCACAUCAAAACCCCAGGAGACGUCCCCUUGCACCCACGAGGGAACCGCAGUGCAACCCAUUCCCACGCAACUCGGUCCCUGAAGAACCGGGUCGUGUGAAAAGUGAGCGUAUUCAAUCGAGGGGCUAGGGAAACUCUGGGAAAAACGUCCCAAAUCUCACGCAUUCCCCGAAGGAGCCACAGCGUAACACUGAAACCAAAAAUAAUGGUCCCGGGGUUUCAACCCCAACUCCCGCGGCGCCGACGAAGAGAAAACCAGCGGCUCCCCAACGGCACAUUCGACAGUCUUUCAACUCACCGGUGCCAUUGAGCACGUCUUGCCUUCGUGGGGGAAAAAAAAAAAUAGGAAUUUCAUUCUGCUCGUACAUAGUAAGCCUUCGACGUUCAACACCGGGGAUUACAUUUCUCUUAACAAAAGCGAAAGCAGCGCCCGUGACGAAUCUGCUUCUUCCGAUGUCAAGGGCCGCUCGGGCCGCCGCCAAGAAUCUUCCAUCGUUGGGAGCCCGGUGCCGGUUUCCGUGCGAAAGGGAGCCCGAGCCUGGUAGAGAACAUGAAUGAUUGGAUGCCCAUCGCCAAGGAGUAUGACCCUCUUAAAGCUGGCAGCAUCGAUGGCACAGAUGAAGACCCCCAUGACCGUGCAGUCUGGAGGGCAAUGUUGGCACGGUAUACCCCCAACAAAGGCGUCACGGGAGACCCCCUUCUCACCCUGUUUGUGGCAAGACUAAACCUGCAGACAAAAGAGGACAAGUUGAAGGAAGUCUUUUCCCGCUACGGGGACAUCCGGCGGCUUCGGCUGGUGCGGGACUUGGUCACAGGCUUUUCCAAGGGCUACGCCUUCAUCGAAUACAAAGAGGAGCGUUCCCUGCUCAAAGCUUACCGGGACGCAGACGGCCUGCUCAUCGACCAGCACGAGAUAUUUGUGGACUACGAGCUGGAAAGGACUCUCAAAGGCUGGAUCCCUCGGCGACUUGGGGGGGGUCUCGGGGGGAAAAAGGAAUCUGGGCAACUGAGAUUUGGGGGGCGGGAUCGGCCUUUUCGAAAGCCCAUUAAUUUGCCAGUUAUUAAAAGCGACCAGUAUAGAGAGGGAAAAAGGGAAAAGAGGGGGCGAUCCCGAUCCCGAGAAAGACGCUGGGAGUCGAGGACAAGGGAUCGAGACCAGGACCGGGGCCGGGAGAAGAGGCGGCAGGACAGAGAGCCAACCAGGGUGUGGCCCGAAGGCGACUGGGAGAGAGAGAGGGACUUCAGAGAUGACAGGGUCAAGGGAAGGGAGAAGAGGGACAGAAGUAAGUAGAGGCUCCUUAGCACCAGCAGAGCCCAAAGGAGGGUCGAGCAGAAGUAAAGGCACAGAGAGGUCUGCCUUGCUUUCCUACAAAGGAUAAGUCCAGUGCUGAGUAAAACUUCCUGAGGACAGUGGGGUUUGGGCAGGUUUCCUUUCCAGUAUGAAUCCCAUCCCUGGCCACAGGGCUCAGUUGGUGGGCGUUGUCCCAUGCCCCCGAAAGGUCUUGGUUCAAUUCCCCAUCAGGGCACGUACCUGGGUUUCGGGUUUGGUCUCUGGUUGGGACCUGUAUAGGAGGCAGCUGACUGAU